AGUCUACCACCAAGAGGUGAUCCGAAGAACACCACAAUCAUAAAUCAUCCUUCCAAACGGGGGAUUCUUGUUCUUUUUUUCCUGUGUGAUUUCCCACAAUUCAUCCUCAAUCCCGGAAAGAAUCUCAGACGAAAUUGUGUAAAGUGAGCAUUUGGCCAAGGAUCAGACGGAACCAUGAAGUUAUUUAUGAAUUCAACCGUUUAUGUUACAAUAAUCUUAAUCUGUUGCGUUAUAUGGGUGGCUUGUUCUUUCCCUGUUGCCAUGUCCUGCGAUUCAUGUGGAAGGGAAUGCGCCAAUGCAUGUGGAACAAGACAUUUCAGGACCUGUUGUUUCAACUAUCUUAAACGCAAAAGAACAGUUCUUCCCCCACUUAAAUUCACCGAGGAAUCUCCUCCGGAUUUUCGAGAUUUCUGGUGGGCCAAGAUGCAAGUCGAAAAGGCAGCCAGGGAUAAUCUACUGAAUUCUGCUGAUUUCUACGGAUCUGAGUUUCAAGCACCAUUCCUCGCCCGUUUAGCAGACAGCACAUCUGCCCUUGGUACCCGAGAUGGACACAGUGAGGAGAAUCUCUCGAUGCACAAGAAUAAAAUUCUCGAAGACGUCGACAGUGGGCAGCAACCCCAUAUCUACGAUGCCUAAAGUCAAGACGCCUAAAUGAGUGUAAAUAGGAAUUUCUGUGGGAUUCUAAACAAACAAAAAAAUCGAAGCAAGAUGAUAAAUACUGACAUUCAGGCUGGGAUUGUUAAUAUUCAUCCUCUCGCCAUUGAAAUCCACCAAAACAGAUUAUGUGGAAUUGAGAACCGUAUAAAAGAAACACAUUUCGACGCAUUUUAUUAAUAUGGAUUUUAUUUAAAGAUUUUCAUGAACGCUACAUUUAAAAUGUUCUUCUACAUUGAGUUUUCUUCUGUUAGAGCUAUUUUUGGCAAAGGAAUUUAGCCAUGCCAAACAGAAAGAAAACACUCAAUUGAAUAUUUUUAUCAACAUGCAUUUUUUGUAGGGAUUGUGUUGUUUUUUUUAGGUACAAAGGAUUAAUUAAUUAAAAAAUAUGCUACAUAAUUUAUUUAUUUGAAUUUUUUUAUUUAGCUAAAAGCUGGAAGAGAUUAAGGUUCGAUUAUGAAAUUUUCACAGUACACAAUUAAUUCUUUUUUUUACCAAGAUUUUAAUUAUUUAUAAUUGGUAACAUCCAUUGAGAUUAAAAUUGGAAAAUGUUAAGGAUAAAGAUAUUUUCCACCCACUGGAAUUUAUUGUGUUAAUCAAUUUAACAUAAAUCAAUGUAAAUGUAAUAUGUGUGUGUGUGUGUGGCAUCUUGCUGUGGAAAUAAAGUUUAGCACAAAACUUUAAA